GAAAUAAAUUAAUGAAAGCCAAAAUUAUCAAGAGAGCAGAGUAUUUAGUUGAAAUCAUAACUCUAUAAAUUGAGAGAGAGGAAAAAAGAUUAUUCCUCUGUUUUUUCUCUCUCACUCGUACUCUGUUUUUUCUCCUCUCUCCCUAAAUUCUAGUCCGCCGCCAUUUUUAAUUCAUUUUUCGCUCUCCUUUCAAGUCAUAAUCCAACUGGGUUUCCUCUGAAAUCUAAGCCUAGAUCCUCAUCUGACAAAAGAAAGAAAAUCUUCGGGAGGAAAACAAUGGUUCAGGAUUAUGUUCCUGACCCGAAUUUCCCCUGGAACCAAAAUGCAGAGCAACAGUACCAGUAUCAGAACCGGAUUCAGAAUUACAAUUACUACCGUCCAGAAUAUGAGAAUUCUUCUUCUUCUUCCGUUGUUACGAACAUGCCCAAUCCCAGCCAUGCUACAGAUUCAACCUUUAACUACACUCUUGAGCAGCUGAGAUUGCCAGAAUACCUCGCAAGAUUGAACCCACUCGGAUUGAAACUCAAUAAUUCUCCCGAACUGGCCCGCUGGAUGGAGAGACAGCUGAAUGCUCCCCGAAUUGAAACAACCUGGCUCAGGGAUCCCGGCUCUCAGCCCGCUUCAGAGAAGCAGAAACCUGCAACCAAACCCGUAAAUGUGCUGAAAAUCGGUUCUUGGGAGAGAGUUGCGAGGAACGAGAGUGAUGUGGUGGCGAAGUGUUAUUUUAAGAAGGAGAAACUGGUCUGGGAGAUAUUGGAAGGAAGUUUGAAGAGCAAGAUUGAAGUUCAGUGGUCUGAUAUCAUUGCCAUUGACGCCUGUAUUCGUGAAAACGAGCCUGGAGUUCUUCGUUUGAAGCAACGUCCUAGUUUCUUUCUAGAAAAGGAUCCACAGCCAAGAAAGCACACAAUCUGGACGCCGACAUCAGAUUUCACUGGCGGUGAAGCUUCGAAAUGCAGGAGGCAUGAAAUAGUGUUUCCACCAGGGAAGCUAGAGAAGCCAUAUGAAAAGCUUCUACUAGCCGACCAAAGGCUCUUUCAACUAAGCCGCAACCCAUUCCCCAGUCUCCAAGAUCCUUACUUUCCACCUCUGCAUGACUUCUGUCCCGAUUUCAACCCGACCCUCAACAUGGUCAUCAACCCGGUUCUGUACCCAAACCCUCAGCAGCACUUCUCCCAGCUUUCCUCUCCAUCCCCAGUUUCAGAUCAGCAAAUGACCACCAGUGCUGCAAUGUGGGACGAGAUGCUGCCAGAGCCCAACCCGAAUGUCGGGCUGGUUAGCUACGACAUGUCAGUCGCGGGGAACCAGUACUUAGCACCAGAGAGAAGUUAUUAUGAUUCGAGCUCAGGAGCUUCUUUAUCAGAUGGGCAUAUCAACAGCAACAACCUGUUUGAUACUGAAAUGAGCAGCAAUCAGUUCAGUGGGUCGGUAUCGGAAGGAUCCCCUUCUUCAGUUGAUAAGAAUUUCCUGAUGAUGCAAAGAUUGGAAAUCCUUGGUAAUCUGGAGACUGGUCAUUAUGCUGACUUGGCGCUUCGUCGGAACGAGAUGUUCGACAACCAGCAGCAGCAGCAGUAUCAGCAGCAGGGUUUUGUUCCAGAUCCGGCUGCUGCUGGUUUGAUUACAAGUGGGGAAAUGUAUGCGCAGCAGCAGCAGGUUUUAGUUCCGGAUCGCGCUUCUACUGGUAUGAUUAUGAAUGGUGGGCAAAUGUAUGAGCAGCAGCAGCAGCCAUCAGGGUUUUAUGGGUAUCCCUACCCUGUUGGAGGGAUUUCUGGUGCUGGGAUGGUGCAUUUCGACCUGGGCAAUAACAUUGAGAGAGUUCUAAGAAUGGAUCUCGACCAGGCACAACAGUUUUAGGUAAAAGAAGAUUUGAGAGUAGGGGUAGGUUCUGAUGAUUCUGAAUAUUGCAGAAGCAAAUUUGUUUUCCGUUGUUAGGCCAAUUUUUGUAUGAGACUACAGGCUUGUGUUUUUCUUAGGUGUAGGGGUUUAGGGAAAGGAUUGGAACUUUACUAGGUUCUGCGCUUAGUUUGGGGCUGGGGGAAUUGAUGAAUAAGGGAUCUUGAGAGAU